AUGCCAAGGGAUGUACUUGCUGUUCCAAUCUCUACUAUUGCAUCUGAAUCAACAUUCAGUACCAGUGGCAGGGUACUAGAUGCCUUUAGGAGUUCCCUAACUCCUAAGAUUGUUGAGGCACUCGUGUGUGCACAGGAUUGGUUGAGGUUAGCCAAUCAACCAAUCUCUGAUGAAGAAAACAUUGAUGAUGUUGAAAGGAUUGAGAAAUGUGAUAAUGGUAGUGACGGUGAUGCAGAAAGUGAUGAUACUGAUAGUGAGUAUGAAAUAGAUGGUAACAUAUCAAAUAUUGAUGACUUUGAAUUUGAUCAGAAUGUGGAUUCUACAGUUGAGUUUGGUGGGGUAGAAGGUAUUUCUAGUGAACCAGUUGGUGUGAAUAGUUGGGAGAGAAAUUUGGACGAACCUAAUCUAUCUGAUGAUGCAUCAUUAAAAGACUCAGAUAGUGAUGUAGAAGGUAGUAAGUGGCCUGUUUUUAGGGCAGCUACUGAUAUGAAAGAGCCUCAUUUAAUCCUAGGAUUGACUUUUUCUAGCAAAGAAGAGUUUAAGGAAGCUGUGACCAAUUAUGCCUUUAACAAUGGAAAAGAUGUAAAAAUUGUUAAGAAUGACAAAGCCAGACUAGUUGUUAAAUGUAGGGAUAGUAGUUGUCCUUGGACAGUAACUUUAAGAAAGCAACAGAAUUCUUUGAAUUGGAGCAUCCAUAGAUUGACAGAUAAACAUGAUGGAUGUUGUUGGACUUCUGAGAAUUCAAGAGCAACGUCAACUGUAGUUGCAAAGAGGUGGAGUAAGGAGAUUGCACAUCAUGAUGACUGGAAAAUGGAAAAAUUUAGGCAAAAGGUGUGUAAAGAUGAAAAGUUUCAUAUUAGUACACAUCAAGCUUAUAGAGCAAUGAAGAAAGCUAAAAUUCAAAUUAGGGGUAAUCUAGAUGAUAAUUUCAAAAAGAUUUGGAGUUACCGCCAAGAAAUUAUCAGGACUAAUCCUAUGACAAUCUGUGAGGUGAAGCUCAGUGACAAUGUUGAACUUUGUGGGGGAAACAGAUUCCUUAGACUGUACAUGUGUUGGGAUGGAUAUAGGCAAGGUUUCAAAUUUUGUAGGCCAAUCUUGGGAGUGGAUGGAACUCAUUUGAAGUCUGGAAUUGGGGGGUUAAUUCUGACUGCAGUUGGACUUGAUGCUAAUGACUCAAUCUUUCCUGUUGCAUAUGCCAUUGUUGAGGGUGAAACAAAACAGUCUUGGGUGUGGUUUUUAGAAUUCUUAAAAAAAGACUUAGAAAUCAGUGAGGGGAAUGAACAUGAAUUUACCUUCAUGUCAGAUAAACAAAAGGGUUUAAUAGAAGCAUUUGAAGUGGUUUUGCGCACCGAUUUUGUGUUAGGCACCUUCAUGGGAAUAUGA